UUUUUGUUCUGGUGUGUGAGGAGAAUAUUUGAGGCUCUGCAGUAAAAAUGUCUUCACUUCAGUCUCUGGGAGAGUUGAUCAGCUAAAGCGACUAACUGCUGCUGCUGCAGAAAUCUUCUCACCAGGCUGUGGAAACUUUCUUCUCCUCCUCAACAACUUGGUGGAGUUCUUUCCAGAACCAGAGAAGAUAUUCUGCGGUCUUCGUGACUGUCGGAGCUCCAGAAUCAGGUUGUGGCUGUUAGCUAAACACGGCUAAAGAAAACCUGCUACCACUUCAGGAUCAUCCAUCAGCUGGGACUGAUUCAUCGUGUGUUCUUCACCACCUGGACCUGGACAGCAUGGACACAGAUGUUCCACAGCUGGAGCUGGUUAAAGAAGAAGCUCCUGAAGAACAGAGUGCUGGUGUGGACCAGCAGGACCCAGAACACCUCCACAUAAAGGAGGAACAGGAGGAGCUCUGGACCAGUCUGGAGGGAGAGCAUCUCUGUUUGAAGGAGGAGACUGAAGCUGUCGGGUUUCCUGUUACUGCUGUUUCUAUAAAGAGUGAGGAUGAUGAAGAGAAACCUCUGGUCUCACAGCUUCAUCAGCAGCAAAUAGAAGACAGAGAUGUUCCAACCAGCAGCUCAGCUGACCAGAUGGCAGCAGAAACUGGUGGAGGAGCAGGAACUAGCAGGAACCCAGAUCUGAACCCUCAUGAACAAACAUCUGAUUCUUCAGAGACUGAAGUUAGUGGAGAUGAAGAUGAUGAUGAUGAUGAUGAUGAUGAUGAUGGUGUGAAUCUGGACUCUGAGCUGUCAGACUCUGGGUCUGAAACUGGAGAUGAAGAUGAUGACUGGAAUGAGAGCAGGUCUUCUGAGUCAGAUGAUGUUCCACAGCUGGCACUGGUUAAAGAAGAAGCUCCUGAAGAACAGAGUGCUGGUGUGGACCAGCAGGACCCAGAACACCUCCACAUAAAGGAGGAACAGGAGGAGCUCUGGACCAGUCUGGAGGGAGAGCAUCUCUGUUUGAAGGAGGAGACUGAAGCUGUCGGGUUUCCUGUUACUGCUGUUUCUAUAAAGAGUGAGGAUGAUGAAGAGAAACCUCUGGUCUCACAGCUUCAUCAGCAGCAAAUAGAAGACAGAGAUGUUCCAACCAGCAGCUCAGCUGGCCAGAUGGCAGCAGAAACUGGUGGAGGAGCAGGAACUAGCAGGAACCCAGAUCUGAACCCUCAUGAACAAACAUCUGAUUCUUCAGAGACUGAAGUUAGUGGAGAUGAUGAAGAUGAUGAUGAUGGUGUGAAUCAGGACUCUGAGCUGUCAGACUCUGGGUCUGAAACUGGAGAUGAAGAUGAUGACUGGAAUGAGAGCAGGUCUUCUGAGUCAGAUGGUAUCGACUCUGCAUCUGUCAACGGGAUGAGUCGCCGUGAAAAGAAGAAAAUUACCAUUUCAAAGGUAACACAAGACAUCCCUCUCUCCAUCAAGAAAAUGGAGCCAGAGAGGAAAAGAAAAGUUUCUGCUGUUUGGGAUCAUUUUGAUCUUUUAACAGCAAAUAAGGUUAAAUGUCGCAUCUGCUCAGCGGAGUUGUCUUUUACAAAUAAGAGCACUUCCUCAUUGCUGAGACAUUACAGAGUCAAGCAUGAAAACGAAGAGGAAGCAAAUACACCAAGAACGGCCACAGAAUCUAGGAACAUUGCUCUGGACCAAGCAGACCUGAAUUUUAUCAUAAAGGACUGCCAACCCCUGAGCAUUGUGGAGAGCGAGGGGGUCAGGGGGUUCCUUGAUCCAUCUUACGCUUUGCCAACCAGACAGACGGUUAAGGGAACGAUGGCCAAAAAGCAUGCGGAGGAACUCGAACAAGUAAAAAGGGGAGUACAGCAAGCUGUGGCAAUGCCAAGGAAGACCGUGUGUCAGGCUGCCAAUGUGGACACAUGCAGUUCUUCUCCAGACAAUUGUCCAAAGGACUGUAAUCAUGAUCUCGUCCCUGAUGAAAUGUCAAGUUUACAGAAAUGUCUCGCAUGUGGAGGACCCUUUGCACCUCUGAAAUGGAGUGGUGUGAGAUGUAAAGUUUGCAAUCAGCCCUGGCACAAAAAGUGUUUUGUAAGGAAAAAUGAGAAAGUCGCUGAGCAUUUGCUAUUGGUCUGUAGUGAACAAAGUUCAAAUGAGGUGAUAUCAUCAGAAGAGGAAUAUGUUCCGGAUUCAACAGCUGAUUCAGACAGAUCAUUGGAUGAUAUCUCAAAGCCUCCGAUUAUCAGUCUCAAAAGAUUACAGAAUUCUGAGGCCUCCACCAGCAAAUCUCGUUCUAAAAAGAAAAGACACUACCAAGAAGAUUAUUUAGAGGGAGACAGGGAGAGAGAUUCUGAAGCUGCAGAAUCAUUAACUAAAGAUGGGAUCAGCACAGGUCUGCACGAAAGGUCUGAGGUUACUGCCAAAGAAAGAAAUCCUGAUGCUGUUGCCAACAUUUCUGCUAGGGUUGAAGAUUCAUCAGACACACCCUCCUCACUCAAAAAUAAAACUUACUGCUACAUAUGUGGAAAACUACAGACAAAGUUCACGCGUCAUCUUCAAACUCAUGAGAAAACACAUGCAGAUGUUGCUAGAGUUUUAAGCCUUCCUAAAAAGUCCAAAGACCGCAUGAAAAUGCUUACAAAGCUACGCAACAAGGGAAACCACAGUCAUAACUCGGAGGUCUUAGCAAGUGGAAUUGGGUCUUUAAAACUGAGACGCACUGCAAAAACGAACUACGAAGGAAGAGACUACAUUCACUGCAUGUACUGCCAGGCAUUAUAUCUCAGAAGAGAUCUGUGGCGACAUGUUCGAAAAUGUUCUUCAAAACCAGUUGAAGCCAAUUCUGAGGUUGGACGAAAAAAGGUAUUGUCUUUGGCCUCUAUGAAUGAGUCGGCUCGGUGUCAGCAAAUUUCCCCAGGUGUUUGGAAGAUAUUAACUGGCAUGAAAGAUGAUGAGAUAUCUUCUACUGUACGAAGUGAUCUAUCUAUUCUUCAGCUUGCCCAGUUCUUCUUUAACAAACAUGGACAGGAUCCCACUAAAUAUGACUACAUUCACCAGAGACUCAGAGAAUGUGGAAGACUUCUACUUAUGCUUCGCAAGGAUUUCUCAAUACACACCUUUGAAGAUGCUGUGAGACCUGCUAAUUUUGAUGUGGUUAUCAGUGCAGUCAAGAAAGUUUCUGGAUAUGAUGAGGAAAAACGCUGCUACCAUACUCCAAGCCUUGCUCUCAAGUUGGGUCAUUCGCUACAGAAAGUCAAUGACAUUCUACAUUGCAGAGCACAGUUGACACAACACAGCACACUGAUAAAGUCAACCCAGAGUUUCAAAACCCUAUUUGCUAAAAAGUGGUCUGAACUCCUCUCCCACACUGCUUUGACCACACUGAAUGAGCGGCAUUUUAACAAGCCUUCCACUCUUCCUUUCACAGAAGAUGUUCAGCGUCUUCAUAGACAUCUGGAGAAGAAAACAGAACUAGCAUUGAAGGAAUUUAAAGAGCACAGUUCACCCAAGUCAUACAGUGAACUUUGUAAAGCGACAAUGGCAAAUGUGAUACUUUGUAACAGGAGAAGAGGGGGAGAAAUAUCUAAGAUGACACUGAAUGGCUUUCAGGAGAGAGACACAAGUCCCCUGCACAAGGAUGUCGCAUUUGGACUGACAAAAUUUGAACUUCACCUAUGUCAACACUUCAGUCGUGUUGAAUUAAGGGGAAAGAAAGGCCGAAAAGUUGCCGUGUUACUUUCACCAGACAUGGUAAAUAACAUAACACUGCUGAUGGAGAAAAGGGAAGACUGUGGUGUUAUGGCAGAAAACCUGUUCCUGUUUGCCAGACCUCAUUGUCUAACCCCCUUCAGAGGACAGGACUGUUUGAGGCUUUACGCGAGUGAGUGUGGGGCUGAAAACCCUGAGCUGCUCAGGUCGACACAGUUGCGAAAACAUGUUGCAACUUUGUCUCAGAUCUUGAAUCUAAAGAAUCACGAGUUGGACCAAGUUGCUAACUUUCUUGGUCAUGACAUUCGUGUUCAUCGGGAAUAUUAUAGACUUCCAGAAGCUACUACUCAGCUGGCCAAAAUAUCCAAACUACUGAUCGCCAUGGAGAAAGGGUCUCUCAAAAGCUUUCAAGGAAAAACACUUGAGGAGAUUGAAAUAGAAGAUAACUUACAGAUGAUGGAUUCAAGUGCAGAGAGUGAGGCUGAUGCAGAGAGUGAAGUUGAUGCUGCGGUGGAGGUUGAUGCGGACAGUGAGGUACAAGGCAAUCCGUCUCAUCUUCAGACUGGUUCUGCAGAAAUGAAACAGACAGCGAAACCUUUGGUGGAACCUACAGCACAAAGUAAAAAGAGUAAGGGCAAAGAAUCCAAAAGAAAACUAAGAAAGGACCCAGAGCCUGGCAGAAACAAGACAACAAAUAAACAAUUUGUUUCCCUGGAAAAUGCAAGAAGAGCAAAAAAGAAUCCAUGGUCUCCCAUGGAGGUUGCUGCUGUAUUGAGACAUUUCAAUGAACACAUUAAAAAAGGAAAAUUGGCCACUAUGAUUGAAUGCCAGCAAUGCAAAAAAGCAGAAGAUCCUACUCUGGCUGGUCGCUCUACUCAACACAUCCGGGAUUUUGUUAGAAACCGAGGAUUAACUUUGAAAAAAAAAGAAAGUCCUGGGUAAACAAUGGUACCAUGAUUAAUGAACCUGUUGUAGCGUACCAAGAUUCACUACACUGUUCCUGAUGUUUUCAGGAGCUUUUGACAGUUAAAAUAUUUGAGCUAAAAGGCCAAAUGGCUGUUUUUGUUAUUAGGUCUGUUUAUUUUAUUGGCAAUUAAAAUUUUCCGUUCAAUAGUUUGUUUACGUAUAGGAAUUUUUACUUAUUAAAUUUCCAAUUGUAGAUGAAAAGCACUGUAAAAUGCAAUCCACUUAUUUGAAAAAGUUCAAAUUGUAUUUAAAAUGUCGAUAUGACAAAUUUUAUUAAGAAAUUCUAACAAUAAAACAUUAUGUAAGC